GAAAUAUCACACAAAGCAGUCCAAUAUACUUUCGCAAAAACGAAAUUGUAAUAACGACACUCGCACAUAAGAAAUGACAACGCUGAAAAUUUUAGAUUUUUUAAGUCGUAAGUGUAGAGCAGGCAUAAAAAUCAUAGAUUUAUUAUAAAUAAAAUCCUCCUGUCUAGGUACAAAUAAACUGACAUCAAUGGCAGGGGUCGAUUGAAUAAGUAUUUCCCCUGAAAUUGCCCUAAAAUGGCUAGUGCAGCAAAAUAUCCAAAGAUAUUGAAAACGUUAUUCCGUCCCAGAUCGGUUUGGGUUCAUGAAAUAGCUGAAAAUGUACACCCUACUAUAAAUAGGAAAAACGAAAAGAUAAUAAAAUCGAUUAAAGAAAAAAUAGAGGUCGCUCGAAAUUCAGAAAUCGUAAAGAAAAUCAAAUCUACUAAGGGAUUUUAUACUUUAGAAAUGACACCGCCAACAAGCCAAACUGAAAUGCAGAAACUGCAAUCUGAUUUGCAACUGGUCAAAGAAUUUAUCAAAAAUGGAUGCUGGAAGCAUCUAACAGUCCGUCAAGCUUGGUUGCUUAUUCUGGUCGGGACUGAAAUUACUUUGUGGUUCUUUUUGGGUGAAACAAUUGGAAAAAUGCAUCUCGUCGGGUACAAAGUCUGAACAUUCGUUAUUGUUUAUUAUAAUUAUUUUAAUAUGAUAAAUCUAAUGUGAUUUGGAAUAUAAUUUUAAACUGAGUGCUAACUUUUUCAGUUACUUACAAUAAACCAGGCAAUUGUUUAAACUAGUUGCCCAGAUAAAGGAGUGUAAUUUUUAAAUGCCAACCUAGCGAUAUUUAUAAACCCAGAUCAUCUUAAGAACAAAAAAUAAAUAUAGCUUCAUUAAUUUAGAAUCAUC